AUGGAAGGUGUAAUGACUGUGAGCUGUGACAGAGAUGAUGAAGACCAAUUAACAGAACAAGACUGUGGGGUUGGUGUUAUUAAUGUCUCUGAAGAUAAGUUACAACGACAGAAAGAUAUCACAGUUCCACCUUCCUUACAUUCACCCUUCGUGAAAUUUAAUCAACUGUUGUCUACAGAAGCUGAUUCACGAACAGAUACCACGCGCAACAAUGAUCACCCCGUGGUGGCCCAGUGCAAUUUGGUUCCCGUUGAUUCAGUCCCUAGCAACAACUUCCCCUUUACUACUUCCCCAAUCGGUAAUUCAUCUACCAACACCAACCGCAAUUUGGCCGAUGCAAAACAACUCCUGGAAACUCGCCGUGUGGAGCUUAUCCAAUCAAAGUACUCCAACACAAAUCUAGACACCAAUGCAAAAACUACAUUAUUAAAUCGCUAUUUGGAUAACACCUCAACUAUUCGAUCCUAUCACCACGCACAGCGUAGGUUUUUAGAAUGGAUGGAAAACUAUAAUAUUCCACACACAGCUUUUACCGCAAUGGACCCUACUAUUGAUCAUUUGCAAUCGCUCUCGUUGACAUCUAUAUCUUUAGCUACGUUGCAAAAUAAAUUGGCCUUUUUACUUGGUAUUACCUGUUUCCUUCGUCCGUCGGAUCUACAUCGUAUUCCAUUUUCCUCUGCAAAACUUUCAGACGAUCAAACUCUGCUCUCUUUCGAGGUACAUGCUCCUAAAGAAAAACGUGGCCGCAGGCAUCCUCGUAUUUGCCCAGUAGCCACAUUCAUCGCCUACAAAUCACGUCGUCCUGAUUGUACUGUAUCAACACUCUUUCUUCUUCGUUUGUCUACUACGGAACCCAGAGUAUCUAUUCGAUCAAUUGCUUCAUCGUUGGCGUUACAGGCGGGCAUUCCAAAAGAAGACAUUGUUACCAUGGGUAAUUGGGCUUCAUCAAGUACCUUUGAGAACCACUAUCGUAGGGAACAUCUUAGCACGUUUGAUUUUACAAAUACUUUUCUUACCAUACUUCCGGAUGCUGAAGACUCUCUUGAUCAAUUUUCUCUGGAUUAG